GUCGUUCUUCCCAUGUCUUUUCUUUCUACAUUUACAUAGGCAUUUCUACGUCCUCUCUCUCUCUCUCUCUCUCUCUCUCGCUCGCUCGCUCCAGAGACGGGACGGGCUUUUCAGACAGGAUAAGGUCAAUGUUGAUGUCACCUUUGUUGCCCCUGGCUGUUUAAACAGGGAUUUCAUGACCAUGGUUGGCUAUGUUUUGUUGGUACCAUGUGAAUAAAGAGCAAAAGGUUCUUACUUGCAGAGGAUUUUCCAAGAUCACCAUUGGAAAUCUCCUGGUUUGUAUUGUUAGUGUUCUGUAACUAAAUCAAAAUGAGUGUUGUUGGCUUUGACUUUGGAAAUGAAAGCUGUGUUGUUGCUGUUGCCCGGCAACGAGGGAUUGAUGUUGUCCUUAAUGAUGAGUCCAAAAGAGAAACUCCUUCCAUUGUCUGCUUUGGUGACAAGCAAAGAUUCAUUGGUACAGCUGGCGCUUCUUCUUCAGUGAUGAACCCCAAAAACUCUGUAAGCCAAAUCAAACGGCUUGUGGGUCGAUCCUUCUGUGACCCUCAACUACAACAAGACCUCCAAUCCUUACCUUUCAAGGUGACUGAGGGCCCAGAUGGGUUCCCUCUUAUACAUGUCCACUAUCUUGGAGUAGAAAGGGAUUUUAGUCCUACCCAGCUUCUUGGAAUGGUUCUCGCCAAUCUGAAAGGAAUUGCUGAGAAGAACCUUAGUACAGCUGUGGUGGAUUGUUGCAUUGGCAUUCCAAUAUACUUCACCGACCUGCAGAGAAGAGCAGUUUUAGAUGCAGCUACAAUUGCUGGAUUGCACCCUUUGCGACUUUUCCAUGAAACAACAGCAACAGCACUGGCAUAUGGGAUUUACAAGACUGAUUUGCCGGAAUCUGAUCAGUUAAAUGUUGCUUUCAUUGACAUUGGGCAUGCUAGUAUGCAGAUUUGCAUUGCUGGGUUCAAAAGGGGCCAGCUUAGAAUUCUUGCCCAUGCUUUCGACCAAUCAUUGGGUGGUCGCGAUUUUGAUGAGGUCUUGUUUCAGCAUUUUGCUUCCAAGUUUCAAGAUGAGUACAAGAUAGAAAUUUACUCAAAUGCACGGGCUUGUCAGCGUCUACGGACAGCAUGUGAGAAGCUGAAGAAAGUUUUAAGUGCAAAUCCUGAGGCACAACUGAACGUAGAGUGCUUGAUGGAUGAGAAGGAUGUAAGAGGGUUCAUAAAGAGGGAGGAGUUUGAGCAGAUCAGUGUACCGAUUCUUGAGAGGGUGAAGAGGCCAUUAGAAAGAGCCCUUCAUGAUGCUAGGCUUACAGUGGAAAACAUCAAUUCAGUUGAAGUUGUAGGUUCAGGCUCACGAGUACCUGCCAUUGUUAGGAUCCUCACAGAAUUUUUUGGGAAGGAGCCACGGCGAACUAUGAAUGCAAGUGAGUGUGUUGCACGUGGAUGUGCUCUUCAGUGUGCGAUCCUUAGUCCAACGUUUAAAGUGCGAGAGUUUCAGGUGAAUGAUGUCUAUCCAUUCUCUAUUGAUUUCUGUUGGAAAGCUGCUACUUGCGACACUCAAAAUGGUGGGGAUGAGAACCAGCAGUCAACUGUUGUUUUUCCGAUGGGCAAUCCCAUCCCUAGUGUAAAAGAGUUAACUUUUUGUAAGUCAGAGGCAUUUAGCGUUGAUGUUUUUUAUGCUGACGAGGUGCAAAGACAGCCCAAGAUAUGCACUUAUAUGAUUGGUCCAUUCCAACCUGCCAAAGGAGAGCAUGCAAAGAUAAAACUGAGAGUUGGCUUGAAUUUGCAUGGGAUAGUUUCUGCCGAGUCUGCAACCUUGUUGGAAGAGGAAGGAGUAGAAGUUGCAGUAGCACCUUCCAAAAUGGAGAUUGGUGAUUUUACAAAUGCUUCUGAUCCUGCUGCCACUAGUGAUGGUGACGUGAAUAUGCAGGAAAGCAGGGCUAGAAACAAUGCAUCUGGUCCAGGAGCUGGAAGUGGUGAUCCAGGUUCCAGUGACAAGCCUUUGCAAAUGGAUGCAGAUACAAAGGUCGAGAAUAUCAAGUGGAGGGUGAAAAAGAGAAAUGUCCCCAUGUCGGAGACAGUGUAUGGUGGGAUGGCAACAGUAGAUGUGCAGAAGGCUGUUGAAAAGGAGUUUGAAAUGGCUUUGCAGGACAGAUUCAUGGAAGACACCAAAGAAAAAAAGAAUGCUGUGGAGGCAUAUGUGUAUGAUAUGAGAAAUAAGCUUCAUGACAAAUACCAGGAGUUUGUUAGUGACUCAGAAAAGGAGGGAUUCUCUGCUAAGCUCCAAGAGGUGGAAGAUUGGCUAUAUGAGGAUGGGGAGGAUGAAUCUAAAGGAGUUUAUGUCGCAAAGUUAGAGGAGCUCAAAAAGCAAGCUGUUCCCUUUGAGGAGCGUUACAAGGAGAGUUUGGAGAGAGGGCCUAUGGUCCAACAACUUCUUUAUUGCAUUAAUAGCUUCAGAGAGGCAGCACUGUCCAAAGAUCCAAAAUUUGAUCACGUAGACAUCAAUGAUAAGCAAAAGAUUGUCAAGGAAUGCAGGGAAGCAGAAGCAUGGCUGAAGGACAAAAUGCAGCGGCAGGAUGGAUUGCCAAAGUAUGCCCCACCUGUACUUCUGACGGCAGAUAUGAAAAAGAUGGCUGAGACAUUAGACAGGUUCUGCAGGCCGAUUAUGAACAAGCCGAGACCAACUUCUCCCAAGCGCCAGACGGCCACAGGGACCCCUUCACAGCCUUCUGAGAGGCAACAACAGGCCACUGACUCUUCAAAAGGUCAAGUUCCAGAGGGAGGAAGGCAUACUCCCCCAGAUCCAAUGGACAUAGAUAAGAAGACACAGUGCUGAGAGUUCUUUGGCAUGUACUCGGCGCGCAACCACAUAAAACAAUUCCUUGGCUUGGGUCGUCGACAUAACUUGUGAUUCUCUUUCUGGUUUUGUAAUCCUAUUCCUUUUUCUUGUUUAUAUCCUGUGUCCUUUUGCUUUCCCCUCCAAAUGCUUGAGUGAAUCGAGUUAGGUUUGGCAUUUUGGUCACAACCACUCUUUUUUAGUGGUUCGACCAUUUAAGGUUCUCUUCAACUCCAUUUUUAGAGGGAUUUUUGGGGAGAAAUAUAAACUUUGGCAUUCAUCA